AUGCUAAAAAGCAACCCUCUGGAACUUAUUUACAGCAAUGAGGAUCCAGCUACAUAUUUGCACUACAAUGGAAACAGAACAACUCCUGACUUACUCUUGGCUUCAAGCGACAUCAGCGAGCAUACACGCCGAAAAAUAAUUGACGAUCCUGGUUCUGGUCACAAACCAAUCAUUGCUAGUAUUACCAUCGGCAGCAAAAGCAUGACAUGGAAAGUGCCAACUAAGCUAUCAUGGAACUUCAGGAAGGCUGACUGGCCUAGAUUCACAAACAUUUUAGACAAUGAACUUCACACAAGUCCCCUCAACUUCAACCAACGUGCUGACAAACUUUGCAAUGAUAUCACGAAUAUUAUGAUCAGAUGUGCAAAGAAAACUAUUAUCUGA